AUGGAAUAUACUAUUCAAACGGAUCCUCGUCUUCCAUGUAAUCAUACAUAUUGUAUUGAUUGUCUUCAAGAAUUGUUUAUGAAAUCAAUGCAAGAUGAAACACUGAUGCCACCUCGUUGCUGUCAAAAAAUAAUUCCGAUUGAUUUAGCUAGAUUAACAUCGAAGGAAAUAGAAAAUUUUAAUGCCAAACAUCUCGAAUACUCAACAAAAGAUCGUCUUUAUUGUUCACAACCUACUUGCUCGACAUUUAUUCCUCCAGCACUGAUUGUUGAUAGCAUUGGUACAUGUCCAAAACCAGGCUGCCAAGUAAAAACAUGUUCUAUUUGCAAAGCGGCUAGUCAUGGCAAUUUUGAUUGUCCCAAGGAUGAAGCAACAUCAGCUGUUCUUGCAACAGCUCGUGAAGCCGGCUGGACUCGUUGUUAUCAAUGUCGAGCAAUGAUAGAGUUGACUCAUGGCUGUUACCAUAUGACUUGUCGUUGCCGUGCCCAAUUCUGUUACAUAUGUUCAACACCCUGGAAAAAUUGCCAAUGUCCCCAAUGGGAUGAACAAAAUCUUUAUGAUGAAGCUCGUGCCCGUGCUGAAAGAAUUCCUGCUCUUCAAAUGCCACAUGCCAACAAUAGAAUACAGAUGAAUGAAUAUGUACAACGCAUGGCUAACCAACUGCGUGCUAAUCAUGAGUGUGAACACACUAAUGGAUGGGCAUAUACACCAGGUGGAGCUAAUUUUCGUGGUGAAGAUAAAAAUAAAAAACCAAUACUUCCUUAUGCAGCAUUAACACAAAUGAUGAGAUUUUAUUUUGAUAAUGAUUGUGAAAUAAUAGUACGUUCAAGUGAAACUGAACCAAAAAUUAAAUGGUAUUCGAAAAAGAAACAACAGCUCAAUGAACAACAAAACUUUUUUUUAAUGACAUUCCAAUUGAUAGCUUUUCUUUUAAAAAUUUUAUUUUUAUUUUGA